UGCAGCCUGCAGUAUACUCUGCUAAUGUAUAUUGUACCCGUGUACUAUACAUAAAAAUGUUUCCCUGCACACAUGAACACAUGCUAUGAAACUGCCCGAAACCCGAUUGACGCACACUGACCCAAAAUAAAUAGCUGCACGCGCUCCGACCAGCGACAGGGCACGGUGCUUGUCACUCAAGUUACUCACACAGGUAUGAUAAGCAUGCCCGGGGCUGGAGUUUAAAUAAGAGGUAGCAGGCUUGUUUCAAGGAGAGUCCACGCCGAGUUGGGAGAGAGGCGCCACAGACAGUUUGAAUCCCUGCUGGCUGGUACCGGAUUAUCACAGCAGUGUUCUCGCUGGUCCACAGUCAUACACCAUUAAAGAGAUAAUGAAAAUUUCGCGAGGUAUAGAGCAUUCUUGCUAUAGCUAGCAUUUUCACCAAUCCUGGGCAUUGAAGCACCACCACAAUCCUUCAGCCGUUGACAGAUAACUCUUCCUCUCCGGUUUUGUGAUGAUGCUGCACUCCUGCCUACCGGUGCAUUCAGGACAACGGUGUAACUUUAAUAAUUGGAGGUUACUAUGACACAUAUGCAACCAUAACCAACGUGUCCUCUUCCAAGUUUGUGUGUUUCCAGCGACUCCAGUAUUUAUCAGGUCACUAACAUUAAAUGAGAGGUAAAACAUACACACAGUAUUUGAAAUUCAUUUUGACCAAUUACUUUUGUUGGGGGGUAUAUUUGACUAGGAUUCCAUUUAGGGGGUAAACGGUUCAGCUGGGAAGCCAAGCAAGGUCAGGAAUUGAACUGGACUGAAACAGGGCUAUUCCAUACUUCAUUAACUAGAAAGUACCUGGCCAUUUGUUAUAUCAUUAGCGACAAAGUCUCUUGCCAGUGCAAUUUCAACUUCAAUGGUGCGUGAAGCACACCUACAAAUCUGCUGGACCAGAAGCUUUUAAAAGAGUUCCCAGCCUACACACUCAGGACCGGGAGUCAAGGCAAUACAGUCACGCAGUAUUUGAAAGCAAAGGGGAGAAUCCACAAGGGGUCUGUGGAUGGUUCUUCUUCUCUAUAAAAGGUCUUUUCAGCAAUCCUUUCGUGCCCCUUAUUCUGUGCGAAGCGGAAGUAGUGGGGUGUUGGGGAAGAUGUUCUUCGUGGCCGGGACCAGAAGGGCAGGAGGGGCAUCCCUAGUAGCCGAACCAACGAGGUCCAUCUACCGGAAGUUCCGGGACGUUGACCUGCUGGACAAGAGGAAGAACGUGUCGGCAAUGAAGGCCGGGGAGGACCGGGCCAUUCUCCUAGGCCUGGCCAUGGUAAUCACGUCCGUCAUGAUGUACUUUGUCCUGGGCAUCACCGUCCUACGCUCCUACGCUGACAGCGUGUGGACGGAGGAGGGUGUCUGUGUCGUGUUCAACUCCACUGUCACGGCCGACGUGAACUGCUCGUACAGCUGCGGCUCGGACUGCUGGAGGGGCUCCAAAUAUCCCUGUCUGCAGGUCUAUGUCCGUGUCAACAACACAGGCAGGGUCAGUCGCUUGUCUUACGACGAGGAGAACUGGGACGCCAAUUCUGAGUGUUUCCUUGUGCCAAAAUGCAAGAAGGACUAUGCAGCCACGCAGCACAUGAUCCUGAACAUCUCCGAACACCUGAAGCCUCAGCAGCCGUUCCUGUGCUAUUACGACCCCACCGACCAACAGGGGAGUGCCCUCCUGACCCGGCUGUACGGCUGCGGCGCUGUUUUACACUCGCUUUUCUGGCCUUCCUGCGUGCUCACUGGUGGCAUGGCUAUCAUCUUCAUGGUCAAACUCACGCAGUACCUCUCCGUCAUGAGUGAGCAAGGAGCCAAGAUCAAUAGGUGAGAGGCUUGGCAGCUGAGCGCGACAAACACGGUGGCAAGUCAAGAAGGAUGAUGAAAUGAAAGGAAUUGUUUUAACCAAAUGUCACCGUGGCCUCUAGACGCGUUCACAUCGCUCUCUCCCUCUCAGGGAAGGGACAUUUGGAACAGGUGGCUUGUCUGCUUCCGUUCCACUCGAGGACUGUUGCAAAUGGAAUGUGAACGUAAUGUUCUGAAACAGACAUCUUGGAAGAAAGCUUCAUUAAUGCAGGGCUAGGACCUCUGCUGUUUGCAUUGAAAGAAUAGGCAACCAUUUACAGAAAUUAAUAUGAAUCCCAUUUUUCGGAUGAUACCGGAUUAAACGAUUCACACUGUUAAUGGGGCUUUCACAGAAAUGUGGGUACCCAUUGCCUCAGGGCUUGAGUUUAGAGGAAAGGGCUUCUACGACCGAUUUGUUAUGUACUGAGCUCUGAGUAGAACCCAUAAUAUAAACCCUGUCCUCUAAGCAGGAACUACUGAGGCAAGAACCCACUGAUGUGUAUUGUUGAGUGUGUGUGUAUCUAUAGCUGACGCGGACGACUGCUGAGCUAAAUAUGUGCUGUUGGAAUAAGACAGAGUUCAUUCUCUGAAGUUGUCCACUGCUUUUUGCUUAGGUGAACUUUUAAGGCUCCUGUGUUCAAAUGUCAUGCAAGUUCACAAUGAGAAGGGUUGGAGAACAUUGUGACUGAAGUGGGCAUUAGGGUUUCACUCAUUUACUGUUUAUUUUAUCAAAAAGUGCAAGAGAGAAUGGGGAGCGAUAUGAGAAGGCUUUGAGUGUGCAAAUUACAGAGAGUCUUUACGGGCAGUGUUUGUGGAUGUCAUUAGUAUGUUGUAGUUAGUUCAUAAUAAUAAUAUUACUAAAUUAAUAAUGAAAGUUUUUGAAAACCAAAUGUUACUUUCUUUUUGAUUUUGCCAGUGUGGAUAAUAUUCCUGUUAAGAGAUUAUCUGUUUCAGUGUUCAUUUUGAGAAAUCAUUAAAGGG